UCAUUCUAUUUAUUUAUUUCGCAAUGUUCAGGACGAAUUUAGUCUUUAUCUAACAUGCUGAAAGUGGAGGAAGAUAAAGGUAUUGUUUAUUGCAAUCGCGUUCUUCUCGGUAAUUGGUACGAAGCUUCCAAAUUAGAAGAGUACAGACUAAACAAAUUUCUCGAGCAAAUGAAAAGAGGUGAUUUAAUGUUGGCUAAAUAUAGAAAAAUGACUGAAAAUCUUAAUAAGCCAACAGUGUUGACUCAAUCGUCGGGCACUAUCGGCUUUGGUGCUAAAAUUUCCCUCCUCGCACCCCACGUGCCAGCGACAGAUCCGCCGAUAGAUGAUAAAAAAGGUUUACUUCUCGGAGGUCGAAUAACGACAAAUGAAAUUAAUUAUUCUCAAGACCUGGAAGAUGGAUGUACUUUAGUAGGCUUACCAGAUAUUCAACCCACAGAAAGAAGCACUUUCAUUAUAACCAGCGCUGAUUAUUGCAAACGUCAAGAAGAAAUUCUUAAAUAUAAUCAGGAAUUUCUUCUAACCGUUUCAUCUUCCAUUGUAAGGAAUAAGCCCCUUUAUAUAAGAUAUGAUCCAAACCCAAUACCUGGCCUUAGCGGAAUGUUUCCACUAUACCUUAGCAAACAUCCGGUAUCCAAUACAAGAUGGCGCAUCCUGCCUGUUCAAAGACCUAAUAUUACUAGAUUUGAGCAAGAGGGGAAACCAGUAAAUGUAAAUACGGACAUCAUAAUCAAUCACUGUGCCACAAAUGUUAAUUUAGGUAUUAAUAUUGGCUGCUGGGCAAUGGGAUUUCAUGGAAAACUUUGUGCUCCUUUGAUGAAAACGAGUUUAGAUGUAUACGGAAAGGAAUUGCCAAGCAAUAUCUGGCAGAUAUACAUUCCUAUUGCUAAUUAAAAUGUUUUACAAGCAAGAAAUGACUUGUACGGCGUUUGAAUUGUCUUCUUAUAAACU